GGUGCUAGCAUCGUCAUGCUCUUUGUAUGGCAAAGUGAGAUUGACAUCUGAAGACCCCAGUCGCUUUGAACCAAUUAUCUGGAUCACAAGCAGAUUCUUUGCACGUUCUAUCCGCUAAGCAAACACCACAGCACGACGUCACUCUACAAUCCCAUCACGUCUUAGCGAAAGCUGCCUGUUCUCCUCUUCAGCCACAUCAAAACAUUUGUUCCUUCCUUUAAAAACAUCACUUCUGCCAAAUUUCAGCCCUGGUAGACCAUCUACGAAAUAAUCAACACACAAAAAUCGAAGGACUUCUUCCAAAAUGAAGUUCUUUUCCCAGCUCUUAGUUCUGGGACUGGCAGCUGAAGCUACAGUUGCUAGCAGCUGGUUCAGCAAAGCUGUCUACAAUAAGUGGCACGAAACCGAGCUUGAGAGAUGGCUUUCCGAUCACAACGUCCCAUACCCUACACCCGCAGAUCGUAAGGAUCUUGAAAACCUUGUCAAGGACAACUGGCAAUCGAAGGUCGCUCAACCAUACAAUGAUUGGGAGGCUCCACAACUCAGUUCCUUCCUCCAACAAAAAGGUGUUGAGGUUAAGGAAUCUGCAGCCGCAAAUAAGGAUGGUUUGAUCGCUCAAGUCAAGAACUCCUGGUACGAGACUGAGGACAAGUCUGAAGAUGCUUGGUCUAGUGUAAAGGACUGGAUCUUUGACAGCUGGACUGAAUCAUCCUUGAAGGCCUUUGCUGACAAGCAUGGUAUUCCCGUCCCUCAACCACGAGCUAGAGAUACCCUCCUACAGAAACUCCGAUCCAACUACGAGACUGUUGCAAAGAAGGCCGGUGAAACUGCCAGCUAUCCUGGAAACUGGCUCUAUGAAUCUUGGUCUGAGUCUGACUUGAAGGAAUGGUUGGACAGCCACGGAAUUCCGGCACCUCAGCCCACCACUCGUGACAAGCUUAUUGCCAGUGUCCGCCGCAAUGCUCGUGUCGCCAGCUUGAAGAUGGCAGACAUGCAGGCAUCCGCCUCCAAGUCCGCCGCCGACGCUACCCAGACUUUGAGUGACAAACUUCUCGACUCAUGGUCCGACUCACAAAUCAAGGAAUGGGCCGACAAGAACGGUAUCAAAGUCCCACAAGGAAGCAAGAGAAAUGAGCUUUUGGCAAUUGCACGAAAGCACCGCGCACAAUUGACUGGCGACAAUGCCUCAUACUCUGCCAAGAGCGCUGCCAGUAAAGCCAGCGCCUCCGGAGCGUCUGCUUUCGGUGCUGCUACUUCAAGCGCUGGUAAUCAGUACGCCAAAGCUACUGAUGAUGCCCAACUUAAGGCUGAAGAUGCUUUCAAUUCUAUUACCAGCACAUGGAGCGAGUCUCGCCUAAAGGCUUAUCUCGAUUCUCGUGGUGUUCCCGUUCCUCAAUCUGGAAAGAAGGAUGAGCUUUUGGCUGCUGUUCGCUUGAACCGACACAAGGCUGCCACUGGCUGGUCUGCUUGGACCUUUGAUACAUGGACUUUGGAGAACCUGAAGGCUUACCUCGCAUCAUCUGGCAACAAGGCAGCCGAGAAGGCUAGCAACCAAGCUGGUGCCACCCGAGAGCAACUCGUCUCAGCGGCUCAGGAUGCGUAUGCCUCAGCCUCAAAGACUGGUGGUACCUCUUAUGCUUCUGUCACGUCCUACCUUGCCAAGCAAACCGAUGCCGCCAAGGACUCCGUCUUCGACACCUGGUCGGAGUCUGAGCUCAAGAAUUAUCUUGAUUCAUAUGGAUUUAACGUUCCUCAAGGUUCAACCAAGAACCAGUUGAUCGCCUGGGCUCGCAACCAAAGAAACUACUUCCAAUACGGCACUACCACUCCUCAAGGCACUCUAUGGGCUAAGCUUCAAGAGGGUGCUUCAUGGGUCAUGAACCAACUGAGUAUUGGCGCAGCUGCUGGACGUAAGCAGGCCGAGGUUGCAGGCGAUUCCGUCAAGGAGGGAGCUACCUAUGCCACCAAUCGUGCAGGAGAAGCUGCUCAGAAGGCUGGUGACAAGAUUAAGGAGGAAUUGUAGGCAAGGAACACAAUUUCGGGCAUAAUUUGGGAUUGGAAGAGAGAAGCACACAUGAUUGUGGAUUAGUUACUUCUGAGCGUUUGCCUUCGGCGGAGUAAAGAUUAUGGGAUUCUUUGAUGACCUGGGAUGACAUAGCAUUUCGCUCUUCGGCAGGACAAGAGUCAAUAAAACGUG